AUGGACGGGGUUGUGCGUGUGGUGGUUGGCUACUCUGGAGGAAAGAAGUUGAAUCCUACCUACCGAAGCAUCAUGGACCACACAGAGGCUCUUUUGAUUGAGUUCGAUCCAGAUGUUGUUACGUACGAGGAUCUCUUGAUUUCUUGGAGCAGAAUGCAUUCGUCAACCAACACCUAUAGCAAGUGCCAAUACCGCGCGGCCGUGUGGUACUUGGACGAUGCUCAGAAAGAAGAGGCAGAGGGAGUUCUGCGAGGCAUGCAGGCCAUGACGAGAUCCAAAGUCACUUCCAAAGUGGAACCAGUGACGAGAUUCUACAAAGCUGAGGAAUACCACCAGAACUACUUGGGCAAGAUGGGAAGCGGCAAAUAUUAG